AUGUUUCGGUACGGGAACAAUAAUAAGAAGAACGAACCUUGUAAGUUCUAUCCCAAUUGUAAAAAGGGUAAUAGUUGUCCCUUCUCUCAUGAGAAGCAAGGAACCACAGAAACUUUAUCGACGUUUGCCAGUCCUUCGACACUUGAGAGUAAAGUGACUCAAAUUAAACAAGAUUUAAAAGAUUAUCCCACAUUUUCUGCCAAACCAGCAUUGUCAAGUUAUGGACUUGGUGCUCCUGCAGUUAAUGGUAUCAUUGAAGGUAGAGAUUUAUCUUUUGAAGAGAUCAGAUUCAAGUAUUUGGAAGCUCAAAGUCAAAAUAAACUACCAGAAUUUGAGAAAGAGAUGAUGGCUAGAGAAAAAGAUAUGCAAUAUUGUAUUGGACAAAUCAACGGUAUGGAAAGAAAUGCUGCCAGAUAUUUACAGACAAGUACCACUCAAAAUGUCGUCAAGAAAUUCAUACCCAAGACAUUGGAAGAGAACAUAAUAGAAUUCCUGAAUAAUAAUAAUGGCUUCGGUCAAAGUUCUGGGUUUGGACAGAACUCAGGAUUUGGACAAAGCUCAGGAUUUGGUGGUUCAGGGUUUGGUGGUUCAGGAUUCGGAAAUUCAGCAUUUGGCUCAUCUAAUUCUGGUUUCGGUAAUUCAGCAUUUGGAUCUAACACCAACACCACUUCCGGCACAUCUGCAUUUGGAUCUAAUUCCAAUCCCAACUCCACCUCCGGCACAUCUGCGUUUGGGUCGGGCACAUCUGCAUUUGGUACGAACAAUAACACAUCUUCAGGUUUCGGAUCUUCUGCCUUUGGUGCCUCAACCACUCCUGCAACUACCCAAGCAUCUGGUUUUGGGGGAUCAGGUUUUGGAUCUUCAGGGUUCGGCAACACCAACAAUCCACAAUCAAGUGGUUUUGGAUCUAGUGGCUUUGGAGCUAAACCUGCCUCUACAGGUUUUGGAUCCUCAGGUUUUGGAUCUUCCGGUUUUGGAGCUGCUAGUGGUAAUUCAACAGCUAAUAAUAAUUCCUCGGGCUUUGGAUCUAGCGGAUUCGGAGGUGCUAAACCAAGUGGAGGCUUUGGAUCCUCUGGUUUUGGAUCUACUGCAGCCCCAGCACAAUCAUCGUCACCCUUUGGAUCGACCACUACAGCUCAAACACAACCCUCAGGUUUUGGAUCCAGUGGAUUCGGCCAAAGUAGUGGAUUUGGGAAUUCAGGUUUUGGUCAAGCAAACACCAACACAGCUGCAACCAAUACGAACACAGGUACUUCCAGUUCAGGAUUUGGACAUCUGGCUACUACUACUACAGGUUCAGGAUUUGGCCAGGCAGGUAGCGGUUCAGGGUUUGGUCAACCAAGUUCUGGAUUCGGUACCACUGCAACCUCCGGACAAGGACCUUCAACCACUUCUGGUUUUGGACAAAAUACUCAGUCAUCUUCAGGUUUUGGGUCAUCAGGUUUCGGUACUCAAUCAACAGCUUCACCUUUUGGUGCCGCUUCUAAUCCAUUCGGAGGUGCCACUGAAAGUAAACCAGCUCCUUCAAAUAACACAACUUCAACAUUUGGGAACCUGGGAUUCGGAACAACUCCACUGGCUCCAGUUACUGCAACUCCCGUGGCUUCGACUCCAGCUACCACAACUACCACAGCUUCGAUUGAUGGUAUAGAUGAAAGAUUCCGUCAAACCAGAUUCGAACUUGGUAAAGUCCCUGACGAUGCUCCUCCUUUAGAAGUGUGCUAG